CAUACGAGGUCAGAUCAGUGUCUCAGUCAAAUCUAAAUACAAACGUGCAUAAACUAGCUUCAUAAACUGCGCCACUGGACUUCAUGAAAUUAGAUUUAAAUACAAUAAUUACUCAGGCUUACCAUAUUUCGAGAUGCAGCUCCUGAAAGCUAUCAAGUAAGGCAAGGAUCGCUUGAGCCUUUAUAAUUCUCGUACACAUCCAGCAAGGUGAAAAACAAAAACGAUGCCAUCCGAAAUCAGAUUAUCGGCUUUGACAAGCGACGCAUUUUUCAACCAAAAACCCAAUAAACAAACCAGCCAUGAAUAAGAGAACACUCUUGAUAGGAGCUGUAUUUCAUUUUGUACAUCCAGUGGAAAAAGACAGUUAAAAACAUCACAAGUUGACUCAAAACUCUGUCAGCUUCAGCUGUCAAAGUAAACAACUUUCAAGAUGUUGCAUAAAUUUUACGCAUGAACUCACCUGUCUAAUUUUAACCAAUCAGAGCAUAAAAAUUGGACGUGGAGCGUGACCAACACGUGACCAUGGUAAGAAAAGGUCUUCCCCACCUGGAUUUUUGCGUCUGAGGUCAGUUUGAAAUCAAAAUCGUAAUAGUGCGGGGCGAUACUGACAUAAACAAAACAUAUUAGUUGUGAAUUUAAAACAAAAGUAAAGGUGAGCCUGCGAUCAUUUGAAAACGAGUAAACAGUCAGCGGAUAAUUUCAAAAAAAUACUCGUCCCUAAUGGGUAGACACCUGAGCCCGCGAUACGGUCAGGUGAUAGUGGUCAGCGGAUACCCUGUUUUGACAGCUGUCAAUUGAUGACAACAUUGUUAUGCAAUCAGCUUUCUCCUGGGCUCCCAAAGUAGCUAGAAAGUGUGAGAGUAAACAUUGGUAUACCUGUGGUGCGGACGGACGGUCGGUCGGUCGGUCGAUCACGUGAUUACCAAAUUUUCUGGGAUGGGUAGAUUUCCUUAGCUAUGGGGCUUCGCCCACGCGCGCGCGAAGCGCGCGCGUGGAGCUCUGCUAAAAAUGGUAUUUUCUGCCUUUUAAUAACGUUUAGGUUUCCGUUUUGAAAUCUUAUACUUCGAAUGCGCUCAUAGAUAUGGUUGAGAUUUCAUUUUCGCGGGAAGAAGUGCCCCUUAAAAUUUGUCCAAAAAUAAACUGAUCCGUAAAAACGCCGUGACAUAGGCCUAGUAUGGAAGUUGCUCGCUCCGGGUUAUGGGCUCCUGGCUGGUAUGUUUAUUCUAAACUUCGAUAUUGGGCUUAUUUUUCACAACAGAGUGUUGCGACCGAGUACCUUGAGUUAACAGAAGUAAACAACCGUGGCAGAGAAGAUUACUACCUUGAUCCACAUGAUUCAGACCCCACCGUUCCUUUGACGAGAGCAUAUGUUUAUGACAGGUUAGUACUCUCGAUUAAGCAUUUGGCUUUUAUUCUUGAAAAGUUCAGCCACAAGCGAGUUGGGUUGUCGAUACCCGGUAUUCCGUACCCAUAAUGGAGCCAACAAGUCCGAGGCUAAAGAACUUCCCAAUAUUAGUUCGACAAUAAAUACGUUAUGUUAUGUUAAUUCAAUAACUGAUAGGUAGGGCCAGUUCUGCUUAUAUACUAGCUUGGCCACUGAGGGAGCGCUUAUUCGGGGAAGAAAUACGUUCUUCAAAGGAGUACUGAGGAGACAGUAUGUCGUUAAUGAGAAACGUACAUGGUCAUGGUAAAGAACGAAAGGGACUCAGUUACAUUGUUACGUAAGAAAUUGCUUAACUCGUGGAUACAGAUAAUGGUCUUGCUGUGCACGGUAAAUUUAAAAUUGAGCCGAACGAGUGGCUAAUAAGAAACUGUUCCCUUAUGUCAAUGCCGGCGUUUAAUCAAAGGUAGGUUCCCUGAUAACAUCACUUAAUAUAUUUAAGACAGUGUGCUGGAGGUGAUUGUUAUUCAAGGAGACUCUUAUUUUUCAGUUUGGCAGGCGAAUAUUUAGGGGAAGACGCUUACUCAACGUGAACGCCUUUUAUUUUUGACACUUAAGGCGUAAUAGCGUAUAAAUCUCAGAGUGAGAAAAUUUAACUCCGUUGCGUACAAAUCAUGUUUCGAGUCCAUUGCGGUCGGCAUCAAGAUUUGAAAUAAUGAUAAUAAAAUAGAGCAUUGCGAUCUUGUCUCACAGAAUUAUCGGCUCGUCGUAAAAUGUUUUAGUGUGAUUGACGUUGCCUUCUAUAAUCGUGCGCAUGAUCUAAAAUGUAUGGUCAAUUUUACAGGAAUCUACUAUGGUUGACAUCGUUGUUUUCUUCUUAUAGGCAAUCAAGUGAAAAUAUUGCAAACAAUCCCUUGCCUCCAUUACCAGGUGACAUGGAAGAUCAAUUCGAUCCGGAAUCAGAGGAGAGACGACAGAGGCUGAAACCAGAGAUUUACGGUUGCUCGUCGGGGAGUGAGGGCGACAUAGAACUAGAAGAAUUCCAUGGUAAUGAGUAGGCUGUGGCCUUGGAACUGACGCCUAUUGCUCACUCUACAGAAAAG